GUCCUACACUUCCGGUGAGCCUCCCAGGGCGUCGGAGCGGAAGCGGCGGCGGCGGCUUCGGCGGCUUCGGCGGCUGUGAGCUGAGAGGGUCGGCGGGCUCCCAUCCUAACGUUCUCUGGGUGAAGCGGCAUCUGCCAGGCAGAGGUGUCCACCAUGUUCUCCUUCAACAUGUUUGACCACCCGAUUCCCCGGGUCUUCCAGAACCGCUUCUCCACGCAGUACCGCUGCUUCUCCGUGUCCAUGCUCGCAGGGCCUAAUGACAGGUCAGAUGUGGAGAAAGGAGGGAAGAUAAUUAUGCCGCCCUCAGCCCUCGAUCAACUCAGCCGACUCAACAUUACCUACCCCAUGCUGUUCAAACUGACCAACAAGAACUCAGACCGCAUGACGCACUGUGGUGUGCUGGAGUUUGUGGCCGACGAGGGCAUCUGCUACCUCCCACACUGGAUGAUGCAGAAUUUGCUGUUGGAAGAAGGGGGCUUGGUCCAGGUGGAGAGUGUCAACCUUCAAGUAGCCACGUACUCCAAAUUCCAGCCUCAGAGCCCUGACUUCCUGGACAUCACCAACCCCAAAGCAGUAUUAGAAAACGCAUUAAGAAAUUUUGCCUGCCUGACCACAGGGGAUGUGAUUGCCAUCAACUACAAUGAGAAGAUUUAUGAACUGCGGGUGAUGGAGACCAAGCCUGACAAAGCCGUGUCCAUCAUUGAGUGUGACAUGAACGUAGACUUCGAUGCCCCACUGGGUUACAAGGAGCCUGAAAGACAAGUCCAGCAUGAGGAGUCUGCUGAAGGCGAAGCUGACCACAGCGGCUAUGCUGGAGAGCUGGGCUUCCGUGCCUUUUCCGGCUCUGGAAAUAGACUGGAUGGGAAGAAGAAAGGUGUAGAGCCCAGUCCCUCCCCAAUCAAGCCUGGAGACAUUAAAAGGGGAAUUCCCAAUUAUGAAUUUAAACUUGGUAAGAUCACUUUCAUCAGAAAUUCACGUCCACUGGUCAAAAAGGUUGAAGAGGGCCCUCCUCUCCCUGGCAGCCUGAUUGUCCCAUUGAGACCAUGCGGGGAGUGUGUAGGCCACAGCUCUGGUGUCACCUGGCAGUGGUGAUCGACACAAUACCAGCUCACAGAGCCUUGACCAAGUGCCAUAGUUAACUAUUUAAUCCCCAGCCCCGUCCCUUGAGGUGGCUGCCGUGAUUGUCUGCAUUUUUACACAUGUGAGCCUGAAGAUGUGUGGAGGUGAGGGCACCUAGGGUUCAGGGACAAUUCGUGUUAUUUCUAGAACACCAACACUUCAGACCCACCACUCUCCUGGUUCCUUUUCCCUAAGGCUCAGUGUCUUGGGGAUCUAGAGUAGGCUAGAGGGCAGAUGUUCUGUGAGCCCACUCAGGAUCCUGGCUGCAGGGCCAUCACCAGCCCCUUGGCCACUGAACUCUUCCCCUCUUCCUGUGGGGUGGUUGGGGAUAGAGACCACUACACCGUUUACACACUUCCUACCCCUUUGCAUCCCGCCCUGGUCUUAAUGUUCCUUGAAUUAACACGGUGUUGGGAAACUUCCAGGCUCAGAGGAACCAGUGUGGUUCCCCAAUGAGACCUUACCCUCUGAUUCCUCCUUGAGUGCCUUUCCAAGCCUUUGCCAGCUACAUGCUGGGGCUUGCUGCCUCCAGCUUGGAGGCCUCAGCAGGGCCGUCCUCCAGGCUGACUUGUGACCUGACUGCUGGAGAUACAGGAAAGGGAGGGCGGGGCACAGCUGGAGCUGUUUAAUCCAUAAGUACUGGAGAAGAAAUGUGUGGCUGAUGAUGGGAUUGAAGGCACAUGCUUAGCGCUACCCCAUCCUGAACCCUCAGGAAAGCUGUGGCACAAGGUAAUAAGGUAAUAAAGACAUUGCCAAGAAGAGGAGGCAGCUGCUACAAAACUUUGAAAGCCCCAGAACAGAAGGGGUAACUGACUUCACAGGCCAUGGAAGCCACAUUCUGAGCUGACUGUGGGGAAAGCCAAGAGGCAGAUUGGUGUAGAGAGUAGACCUCUGAAAGGCACCUCUGGAAAUGGGGGACAAAGAUGGAAUGUGUGUCACAAAGAACCGAACCACAGCACCUCCUCUCCCCAACCCCCCGCCACUAUCCCCUUAACCUGCUGGGGAUGUACCUGCCUGACCCCAGGAGAAAACUGGAGGCUCGUCUUCUGGAAGAGGCAUCACGACAGGUCCCGAGGCUGGGGCCAUCAGUACAGUGGAUAGGACUGAACUAAAAGAGCAAAUGAGUAACAGUUUGCAUCCUGAAUGUUGUCACCCUUGAUAUCCUUCCCUUGCUUGGCUCACACACUGGCUGCCAGACUUGCUUAUUGCAGUUGGAGGAGCUUUUCUGGACAGUCUGAUGAACCCUGAGGAAUGUGCCAGCCAGCUCACCCCAGAGUGAAGACUGUAGUCAGGAAGUUUCUGCUGCUAACCUCUAAAUCAGAAGAGUUCUGAAAAGAGAUUAGAGAAACUAAAGGGGCAGGAACCAUCAGGGAAGUAAUGUCCCCAGACUAAAGGGCACAGAGUUUACAGAUUGGAGGGCCCCCUGAGCAUCCAACACUGUGAAUGAAAAUAGCCCCCUAUUGAGGCAAAGAAGAGAUCCUAAAACUUUCAGAAGGCAGAAAGUGGCUGUACUACAGAUUAAGAAUGGCAUCAUUUUAGCAGGACACAGGAAGCUAGGAGAUCUUGGAGCAGUGUCUUCAAAAUUCUGAGAGGGAACUUUUCUAAAAAGUUCUGUACCCAACUCUUACAGGCUGAACUAUAUUCCCCCAAGUCCUGUGUUGAAGCUCUAACACCCAGCACCUCAGAAUAUGACUGUAUUUGGAGAUAAAGGCUUUUACGGAGGUGAUUAAGUUAAAAUGAGGCCAUUAGGGUGGCCCCCCAACCCAGUCUGACUGGUGACCUUGUAAGAAGAGGAAAGUUAGAUGUACAGAGGGAAGACCAUGCGUGUGAGGACAUUGCAAAAAGACAGACAUCUGUAAGCUAAGGAGCAAGCCCUCAGAAGAAACCGAACCUGUCAACACUUUGAUCGUGGACUUCCAGUCUCCAGAACCAUGAGAAAAUAACUAUCUGUUGUUUAAGCCACCCAGGCUGUGAUAUUUUGUUAUGGCAGCCCCAGCAAUCUAACACCAACCAAACCUAUCAGGGAAACAUGAGAGUAGAAAAGGCUAAUUUCAGAUAUGUAGGAUCUCACAAAAAGGUAUUCCUCAAACACCCUUUCUCAGGAAGCAUCUGGAGGAUGUACCCUACUAAAAUGAAGGAAUAAAGUAGCAAUAAGAAAGCCUUAGGUCCAGGAAAUAGGGAGCCCUGAAGACAUUCGUAGCACCAAGAAGAUGGCCAGUCCAGGUAGGGCAGCUUAAAGGCCCCAUGAGAUGCACCUGCAAACAGACAAAAACAGCGGGAUGCCUGCUGUGAUUGAAUGUGUGCAGAAGAGAGAAGCCAGACACAGGAACAGCAGGACAAGACAGAAGGCUCUGCAGAAAAGGAAGGCUGAUUGGUUUAGCUGUGACUCAACUUGACAUGGUUGCCACCACACCAGUACACUCCUGCAUGGAGGUCAGGAGGGGCAAGUGCAGGCAGGGGCACGUACUAUGGAGUGUGAAAUCCUCUUGCACAGAUAACGCCUCCAAGUGACUAGCAAAUACAAGCUGAUGAAAAGAUACCUGCUGUUUUCAGGAGUUCAGAAAAAAACAAGCCCUCUUUCUUUUGGUGGGAAAAUAGCUUGAUUGAAUGUUUCUGAGGGCUGGUUAGUGACCAUAAUAUUAAAAGCAUUAAAAAUAACACACAGUCCUUUUAUGGAAGAAUAAUACUUCUAAAAAAAAAAAAACAAAAAAACAAGAGUUGAGUACAAACACAGUAAGCUGCUCACCACAACUGUUUACAAUACCGCAAACCUGGUAGUAACAUCCAGUGGUGGAAGACUGCCUCUCCCACAUGAUGGAAUUCUCUGUAGCCUAUACGAGAAAAGAAAUUCAUUGACUUGAGACUCGGGAAGUAUAAUAGGUCAUAUAUAGUCAUAUAUAAUAAAGUGGCUGGAAAUAUUUUUGGGUGGUGAAAUUACAGAUGAUUCUUCUUUUGGGGUGUAUUUUAUAUUUUUUACAUUUUUCCAUUUUGAAAAUGUGAUUCUUCUGCAAAAGGAUGUACAUUCAACCUGAGAAUAAAGGCUGUGGUAGAGGCA